AGACACCCAAACAGGAAGACAGACAAUCUGCCUCUCCCAUAUAAACAAAUACUCACUUUGUUUUCAUUCCCAACCAUCCCCCUCCCUCACUUGCUCAGAAGAUCAUCAUUAUUCUCUUUCUGAGAUCAUAGAGAGAGAGAGAGAGAGAGAGAGAGAGAGAGAGAUGGAAGAGACAAAGUCGAGAUUCAAUAGGAUUUGUGUUUUUUGUGGUAGCAGUUCAGGGAAGAAGGCCAGCUACCAAGAAGCUGCUGUUGAACUUGGGAAGGAACUGGUGGAGAGAAGGAUUGAUCUGGUCUAUGGUGGUGGAAGCGUGGGAUUGAUGGGUCUUGUUUCUCAGGCAGUUCAUGAUGGCGGGCGCCAUGUCCUAGGUGUUAUUCCGAGGACAUUAAUGCCUAGAGAGAUAACUGGUGAAACUGUUGGAGAAGUGAGAACUGUCUCAGAUAUGCACCAAAGGAAAGCCGAGAUGGCCCGUCAAGCUGAUGCUUUCAUUGCCCUCCCUGGUGGCUAUGGUACCCUAGAAGAAUUGCUGGAAGUCAUUACCUGGGCUCAACUUGGAAUCCACCGCAAACCUGUGGGGCUUUUGAAUGUGGACGGUUACUACAAUUCGUUGUUGUCUUUUAUUGAUAAGGCCGUUGAUGAAGGCUUUAUUUCUCCUACUGCACGGCACAUCAUCGUGUCUGCUCCAACUGCAAAGCAAUUGGUCAGACAACUGGAGGAAUAUGUACCAGAGCACGAUGAAAUAACAUCAAAGUUGGUGUGGGAAGAGGUGGACAGAAAAAGUUAUGUGUCUGAACCAGGAGUAGCAACGUGAUGUGUCGCUCAACUGAUCAUGCAAAAGCCCUCCUUUUUUUGCGUUUUGGGUUUCACAGUAUAUACGGUUAAUUUACGGUACGACACCGUACAUCAGCAGCAGCAGCAGCGGCAGAGGAACUUUGGGUUUUUUGUUUUUGUAGCUGAAGCCAGAAACUCUCUCAAGGUCCUCUUAUAAUAUAUAGGAAAAAAGAAAAAAAAUUGAAAAAGAUGAAGGAAAUGCAUUGCCCUUUUUGUAAAACUGUGAAGGAAUCAAUUCAAGUUUCUUCUUGGCUAGCUACAUGGUUGUUCUACUGUGUCGAUUGUUUAAUUUGUGACGAUGUCUUCUGGACAUGUAUAGUUUCUACUUUAAAUUUGUGAGGAAAAUGUUAGCAGGUUAUACGAAAAGAUGUAUUGCAAUAGGAAAUUAAAUUCCAUUUCAGCUUCUUUACUCUCAGAAAAUGUCAUUGUGUAAGUUAUAACAACUAUAUAUGAUAUAUU